AGGAAGUGAAGAGAGACGCAAAUAGAGUAUGCUUUAGGAGUGAGAGUGCUGUAAUUUUUUUGAUUUCAUUUUCAAAGGUUUUAGGGAAUUAAACAAUUGAUCAUAUUUGUUGGGCUGUUGUGAGAAUUAGGACAAGUGUAAUUCGACGUGUUGAAACACAGAAACUUCAAUGGAUCUCCCUUCAGUUAAAGCGAAUCCGCCGUUUCAACAAAUCAAGGCUGUCUUGGAAAAGAUUCCUUCUGGCGACCAUGUUUGGGAUCUAGAUGGCGAUGAGGAAAAGCGUAUCUUGAAUUGGCUGGUAAAACUCAUAGCGACAAACAUGGAAUGGAUUGAGAAUACGGACGAGAGGGAAGACUUACUUGUUACAGUUUGUCAAAUGAUAGCUGAACGCAGCGGUCGUAUGGCCGCACCUACAAAAGUACGAAAAUUCACCAUGGGCAAUCAUAAGGAGAUUCGUAUUCUAGAACCAAGUCUUACCUACGAUACGCUUGGAUUUAAAACAUGGGGCUCUGCUCCUUUAUUGUCUGCUCAUCUUCCUGAGUGGGAAACUCCCGAUCCAUCUAUCCGUGCUCUUGAGCUGGGAUCUGGCACCGGGCUUUUGGGAAUUAGUGCUGCCCAUCAAUUAGGAUGGCAAAUGGUCUGCACUGAUUUACCGGAAAUUGUAAAAAAUAUGGAACAUAAUGUUUUGGAAAACGAAUCCUUGGUUCAGGAAAACAGUGGUUCCGUUGAAUGUCAUGUAUUGGAUUGGAUGAACCCUCCGUCGACUGAUCACCCUCCAGCUUGGCUUGAACGACCUUUUGAACGUGUUAUUGCCAGCGAUUGUGUUUACGAAACGAAUUUUGGAAGACUUGCUAUUGCUUUAUUCUUAAAGUAUUUAGCGAAGGACGGUAUUGUGAUAACGGAGUAUCCUCUUCGGCAUACACACUUAGGAGAGAUUGCGGAAUUCGAAGAAUUAAUGCAAAAAGCUGGAUUUAUACGCGAUACUGGAGAAGAAAUCGGUCAAGAAGAUUUUGGCUCGCGAUAUCCGGUCACUUGCCGUUGGAGUCGGUGGAAGUACAGUAACUCCGUAUAACUUAAAUGUUCGAUCUCCUACCAAAAGCUAUAAUACUCGUUCUUAUUCCUUAUGGUAUGUCUUUUCUUUGGAACCACUAGUUUUAGACCGCCUAAGCACCCAAAUAUAGAAUGUACAUAUUUAUGGGUUGCCAAAUAAAGGUUGUUAUUUUGCAACUGUUAUCUUU